AGUCAAGAUUCUAAAAGAAAUCAAAAACUAAUGUGAAGAUUCGAUCGAAUUGUCCGCUGCUGCUCUAUAAAGUCUAAAUAAAUCACAGUACUUCUGACUUGUGAGGAGAGUUGACCUUUGGAAAGAAAUCCGUUAGGAUAUUCAUCAAUCAGAAGAAGGCCAUGACGGGAGAAGGAAGAGGAGGAGGAGGAGGAGAUGAUGAUAAUCAGAAUAUUACUCCAUUGCUUCAAUCAACAGUUGCGUCGUCGUCUGAUGAACCACUUCCACCUGAUCCUCCCCACAAGAAGAGAACUGGGAAUGUAUGGACGGCGGUGGCUCAUAUAAUAACAGGAGUGAUAGGGUCAGGUGUGCUGUCGCUGGCAUGGUGUGUGGGUGAGCUUGGUUGGAUCGCAGGUCCAUUGACAAUGCUGUUCUUCGCGUUCAUCACCCUUCUCUCCACAUUUCUACUCUCCACCUGCUACAGAUCUCCUGAUCCAGAAUACGGCCCCAAAAGAAACCGCUCUUACUUGGAAGCUGUUCACGUCAAUUUGGGAGAAAGAAGUGCAUGGCUAUGUGGACUUGUUGCACAAAUAAGCUUGUACGGGAUCGGCAUUGCCUACACCAUUACUUCAGCUAUCAGCAUGAGAGCAAUACAGAAAUCAAACUGUUACCAUGAAUAUGGGCAUGAGGCAACAUGUGACUUUGGAGAGACUUAUUAUAUGCUAAUAUUCGGUGCAGUGCAGAUCGUAAUGUCUCAGAUACCCGAUUUCCAUAACAUGGAAUGGCUUUCUGUCGUUGCUGCAAUCAUGUCCUUUACCUAUUCUUUCAUAGGACUGGGACUUGGCUUUGCAAAAGUUGUAGGAGAUGGAGUAGUCAAGGGUAGCAUUGCCGGAAUCGCGACUUCUACUGCAGCUCAGAAAAUGUGGUUAGUUUCUCAAGCACUUGGGGACAUCGCCUUUGCCUAUCCAUAUUCUAUUAUUCUCAUUGAGAUACAGGUAAGGUGCUUUAAUUUUCAAGCUUCACUUAAACAUACUCAAAGAAAAUUCGAUGUUAAGAACCGAUCUUAUAACAAUAUGAAGGAUACUUUGACGUCGCCCCCACCAGAAAAUGAGACGAUGAACAAGGCCUCAACCAUAGCAAUAUGCAUCACAACCUUUUUCUACCUCUGCUGUGGAGGCUUCGGAUAUGCAGCCUUUGGGGAUUCUACUCCGGGGAACCUCUUGACCGGCUUCGGAUUCUAUGAGCCAUAUUGGCUUAUUGACUUUGCUAAUGCUUGCAUUGUUCUUCAUUUAGUGGGAGGUUAUCAGUCAGCCAGUUUUUGCAGUUGUCGAAAAAUGGUUAGCCUGGAAGUACCCAAACAGUGGAUUCGUGAACAAUGAGUACACUUUGAAACUCCCCUUGUUGCCGACUUUUAGACUAAAUCUCCUCAGGCUGUGUUUCAGAACAACUUACGUUGUAUCGACGAUUGUAAUCGCGAUGAUCUUUCCAUACUUCAACGAAGUUUUGGGAGUCAUAGGAGCCCUAAACUUUUGGCCAUUGUCCAUUUAUUUUCCAGUCGAAAUGUACUUCGUGCAGAGGAAAAUUGGAGCUUGGACGACAAAAUGGGUGGUUCUUCGCAUUUUUAGUGUCUUUUGUUUGCUUGUGACUAUGUUUGCCUUGGUUGGGUCAAUUGAGGGACUCAUUACAGCUAAAUUGAGCUAAGAUUACUUGUCCCGGAACACAAGAUAGUUCAAAGGCUAUGAUUCUUAAUAGUGGGGAUCACAAGGAACAUAACAAGUUAAUGACAUUGUAAUGUACUGUAUUUUUCUGAAUUACUGUAGUGGUUAAUGACAUUGUAAUGUACUGUAUUUUUCUGAAUUAGUGGUUAAUGACAUUGUAAUAUACUGUAUUGUUCUGAAUUAGUGAAAGGGAAACUUUUUAUUGAUGCUCA